UUGUGGGCCUACGUGCUGUAUAAGGUUAUGGCGUGCCUCUUAUGGACCUUCUUCUUCUUCUUCUUUCAGUCAUUGUCUAUGAAUGGCGAAGGGGUGAAAAUCAAAGAUGUCUUCCAAGUUGUGGAAACCAUUGUUGGGGAGAGCGCCGUCUUGUUACCAUGCAGUUACGAAACAGAAAGUUCCGACACCAGUAUCGUGUGGUGGUACAAAGGGAAAAUAACUCAAGAUGUACGGUUGGUUGGGAUAAACACCGCUGGUAAAAUGACCGCCAUGGGACACUUCAAAGACCGAGUGACUCGUAGAGGGAAAGCAUCAAUUCUGCUGGACAACCCGGUUGUUUCGGACACCGGAAAUUAUACGUGCUCUGUGACGAUAACGGCGGACAUUCCACCAAUCGCUGAUGCUGUGGUAUUUCUGAAGGUCAAAUUGCCAAAUUGUUACAAGGCUGACCGUAAUAGCUUGAUUAUCAUCGUUGUCCUGGAUGGUAUGGUCGUUCUGGUAUUUGUGUUAUAUCAGCUGUGCAAUUCUCGACACCCAUAUUUGAGGCAAAUAAAAGGUUUAAAGCUCCUGAGAAUCAUCACUGACGUCAUUACACCGCUGACGUCAAUAACUAGCAUCGUUUUGAUAGGCAUUCUGCUUUGGAAGCCGUGUGUUUUCUCAGAAACGGCUGGAUCGAUGGUUUACAUCAUUGGGAUACUUUUUGGUGUGAUUUCACUCCUGUCAACGAUGUUUACGCUUUGCAUACAGUAUCAGCACUCUCUUCAAUCUAAAGCUAUUUACAGUUUGUCUGUACCGAUCAGCGUGUCACAGGAGUCCACUCGCCUAGGUAAGUGUACUGGGCGGAUCAACGAAUCAACUGGCUUACGUAAGUGUUCAAAGAGUAUCUACGGCUUCUUUAUGCCGAUCAACGUGUCACGGGGGUCCACUCGCUUACGUAAGUGUUCAAGGAAUAUCUGGAGCUUGUUUAUGCCGAUCAGCGUGUCACAGGAGUCCACUCGCCUAGAAGAGAUCCAGGAGAAUGAAUCUGACUUCCCGCGAAUUUGGAGACCACCACUUUAUGAGGAGGGACAUCGACUGCAGCGUCAGACAGAGUUCUUGAUGUCCACCUCGGUCAGAUAUCACGAGCCCUUUGUUCGGACACAGUGUUCUAAGACCGCUCUGGAGCUGUUAGCCACGGAGGGGAGCGUCCUGAUCACCGGAAACCAUGGCGACGGGAAAAGUGCUCUUGGGGUACAUCUUCUCAGGCAAUGCAGGGAGGAUGGGUUCCGAGUGUAUUUUAUAGAUUCCCCGGGAGAGUGGAAACGCUGUUGGGAGCCAGGUAGAAAACAAGCCUUUCUCAUGGACGACUGCAUUGGGCGUCAUGGUCUAAACUUUAAAAUGGCGGAAGAAUGGUCCCGCGGGCUGGAUAUGCUGAAAGUAUCAUUGACGACUAGCAGACAUAUUUUCGUAUCUUCUAGUGUGGUGUUCAGAAGUUUUUGCGAAACUUUCUGUUGCUACGAUGAAAACAUUUUCGGACAAAUUUUCAAUAUGAGAUCGGAAGAGAACCUCUUUUCGGGCGCCGAAAAACGGGAGAUCAUCGUGGCGAUUUGCGAAAGAGCCGAGGUGCACGUGACUUACGACACGGUUUCGACUGUCAUCAGUCAUGACGACUCCAUGAUUGGUUUUCCUGACUUUCGUCGAUGUUUUUCUCGUGCCAAAAGAAGAAAUCCCUUUGAAUAUUUCCAUCACUACGGAAAUAUAAUAAACGAAUUGAUGAUUCUUCAAAACUCAACCGACCCUAACAUGCGAGCAGUCUACGCUUUACUUUACCUAGUCACUUUGUACGACGGAGAACUAUCGGCUGAUUUGCUGGAAUCGUCGGAGGACGAUGAUGAAUUUUCCAAACGGGCUACGAGUGCCCUGACGUCAUGUGACCUUCCGGAAGUAAACCCUCUGCGGAUUCUGAGGAAGGCCAAGCGAUUGUCUGUUGGUGUGAUGUUGUUAGUCAAUCUGGAAAGAGACAGCCUCGUUUUCACCCAUACCUCUACUCUCCAGGCAAUGCGUUCAUUCGUGAGCAGUAAUGAAAUAAACAAAGAUUAUCAUUAAGCUCUAUUCGAUAAUGAGCUUUUAAAGCACUUGCAAUUGCUUGGUAAAUGCGAGACGUGAACUACGCGAAAGAUUUUGAAACAUGUGGGUUCUCUAAAUAGA